AUAUGGAGCUCUCUUCGAAGACUCGUUUAAACGCCGUAAUUCCAUGGAAUUCCUCACGGCGAUUCGGGCUCAAACUGCAGAAAGUCGAAGGUGUUGGCACCACUGAGAGCGAUUAACCAAAGGCGCGAGUGGCAUAUAAUUAACGAAGCGGCGACUUUGGUACCUUCCGGCCUCUGUCAGGUCUCGCGGGACGCUCGACUCGCCACGUCGGCCGAUCGUCCCUGCGUUUCCAAAUGACUUAUGACUCGCAGUCUCUCGUUAAAACCCCACGCGAGCGGUAUUCCUGCUACGCAGGUAAACCCCCUGAGGAACUUGACACAAGAUUUGACAAAAAAAUAUCCUCCGUGCGAUAUCUACGUACACGACUGGGAAAGCCCUCUAGAUAUCUCAACAUGUUAGUUGAAAAGUUUCAACGAGAGUUUUUGAAUAAACCUCUUGGAACGAGCAAUCGCGCCUGGAAGACCAACUUAUAAAAUGACUGCAAACCCCAGGAAAAAUUCAGAAAACCACUCGUAAAUGCAGCGACGAAGAGCCGGCGAUCAUCGCUCUUUCCGAUCCUGGAGAUUUCAACGAUGGCGAAUCAAGGCGUUAUCCGGAACCAGAAUGAUGGUCUUCUGCAACCGACGCAGCCCUACCGGAGGAACAGCUUCGCUGCGGCAUUCCACGCCAAUUUCGCUGGUUUGGGGUCAACAAUGUCCUCCGAAGGCUCUGCUUUCCAAGUAGUGGGAUCGGCUCGAAGAAGAUUCAGCAACGUCGGCAUCGUCGUUUCCAGGAAGCUCUCUCACACCAUAGGUUGGAGAUCAGCCUCAGUUUCGACGGAAUUGAUAGUCUCUCAGGGUUCCUUGUUAUGUGGGCAAUAUAUUCGCAAUCGACUGAAGCGUUCCGGUAUCUUCAACCGCAAAUUAGGUUUAAAACGCAUGAGGAGUGCCAAGGUACUUCCUGGAGGAGGCAUCGUCGCCGAAGUAUAUCCCGUUCUGACGAGAAUCGGAGUUGAGCUCGAGAAGAUGCAUCCGACUCUGUUCGUCAGGGUAGGGAGGCAAAUCGGGUGCAGAGCCUUCACCACAGAACAAUCCGCCUGCGAGGCGUUGACAGAUGUCUCGAGAGAGAUGCUGAGAAACGGGGAGAUGACCUGGAGCAAAAUCAUUGCCCUGUAUGCAGUCGCCGGUGGUAUAGCCGACGACUGCGUUCGUCAAGGCAAACCAGAAUUUCUGCCCGCGAUUCAGCGAGGGAUGACUGAAGUGUUGGAAGACGACCUAGCAACAUGGAUCCAUGCCAACGGCGGAUGGGGGGCAUUGAUAACGCGAUACAGGCCCACCCCUACGAAGGCACCAACAAGGCAAACAUUUCAUGUCGUCCUGCUGCUCGUAGCAACGACGAUAUUCGUCGGAGCGAUGUCCGUCGUCGUCAGAUUGUUGAUAACCUGGCGCUUAUUGUCGUAAGAAUCGCAUUGUUAAGUUAUUUAUUUAACGACUC